ACUUCGUUUCAGACUGGUCUCCUUUACACGAUGCCUCUAUCCAUGGGCGUCUGCUUACUCUGAAGGAACUCAUCAAACAGGGGAGUGAUGUGAAUCUUGUUACAGCAGACCAGGUGUCUCCUCUCCAUGAAGCCUGUCUCGGGGGUCAUGCUGCUUGUGCCAGUGUCCUAUUAAAACAUGGUGCUCAGGUGAAUGGACUUACUGUCGACUGGCACACUCCUUUGUUCAGUGCUUGUGUCAGUGGCAGUGUGGCUUGCUUAAAUUUAUUGCUGGAGCACGGAGCCAGCCUACACCCACCCUGUGACUUGGCAUCUCCCAUCCAUGAAGCUGCUAAGAGAGGUCAUGUGCAAUGUGUCGAAUUCCUUGCAUCCCAUGGGGUAAACAUAGAUCAUAACAUCAAGCAUCUGGGUACUCCACUUUAUGUAGCUUGUGAGAACCAGCAAGUGAACUGCGCCAAGAAGCUGCUUGAGUCAGGAGCAAAUGUGAACAGCGGCAAGGGCCUGGACUCCCCUCUGCACGCGGCCGCCAGGAAUUGCAGUGCGGAGCUGGUGACGUUGCUGAUUGACUUUGGAGCAGACAUUUGGGUGAAGAAUGCCGAAAGCAAGAGGCCGAUGGAGCUGGUCCCACCCGGCAGCCCUGUGGGACGACUCUUCCUGCAGAAAGAAGGGCCGCUGUCCUUGAUGCAGUUGUGUCGCCUGUGCAUCAGGAGGUGCUUUGGACACAAGCAGCAUCAAAAAAUAACUGGACUUCUCCUCCCGGAUGAGCUGAAACGUUUCCUUCUCCACGUCUAAGCCUUUCAUGUUCCAAAGAGUGCCUUUAAUAACCCAGCAAGGUUUGUUG